GGCAUGUCGGCCGAGGCCUCGCGCCCGGCGGCGGCCGAGGCCCUGUCCCUGGAAGCCCCGAAGCCCUGGGGACUCGAGCCCGGCUCCGCCGCCGAUGGUCUCAAGCCGCAGACCCCGAACAGCAAGUACGUGAAGCUGAACGUGGGUGGCUCGCUGCACUACACGACGCUGCGCACCCUCACCGGGCAGGACACCAUGCUCAAGGCCAUGUUCAGCGGCCGCGCGGAGGUACUCACGGACGCCGGAGGUUGGGUGCUGAUUGACCGGAGUGGCCGCCACUUUGGUACAAUCCUCAACUACCUUCGGGAUGGGUCCGUGCCACUGCCUGAGAGUACCAGAGAACUGGGGGAGCUACUCGGCGAAGCACGCUACUAUCUGGUACAGGGCCUGAUUGAGGACUGCCAGCUGGCACUACAGCAAAAAAGGGAGAACCUGUCCCCGCUGUGCCUCAUCCCCAUGGUGACAUCUCCCCAGGAGGAGCAGCAGCUCCUGGCCAGCACCUCCAAGCCCGUGGUGAAGCUCCUGCACAACCGCAGUAACAACAAGUACUCCUACACGAGCACUUCAGAUGACAACCUACUUAAGAACAUCGAGCUGUUUGACAAACUGGCCCUGCGCUUCCACGGGCGGCUGCUCUUCCUCAAGGAUGUCCUGGGGGACGAGAUCUGCUGCUGGUCUUUCUACGGGCAGGGCCGCAAAAUCGCCGAGGUGUGCUGCACCUCCAUUGUCUAUGCCACGGAGAAGAAGCAGACCAAGGUGGAAUUCCCAGAGGCCCGGAUCUUUGAGGAGACCCUGAACAUCCUGAUCUACGAGACUCCCAGGGGCCCAGACCCAGCCCUCCUGGAGGCCACAGGGGGUGUAGCUGGAGGUGGUGGGGCGGGCCGAGGGGAGGAUGAGGAGAACCGAGAGCACCGUGUCCGCAGGAUCCAUGUCCGGCGCCACAUCACCCAUGACGAGCGUCCUCAUGGCCAACAAAUUGUCUUCAAGGACUGAUCUUGACCUUUCUCCUUGUUUUCCGCCUGCCACUGGGGCCCAGUCCCUCUUUCUUUUCCUCCCCUUCCCACACCUUCACCCCGGCUUUGCUGGCCAAGCCGUGGGUCUCCCUUCUGUCCCUUUACUGCAUGGUACAGUUCACUUUGGCCCUUUUCCAUUCAUUCUCAUAUCAUUGCUAAUAACAUGGUACAUUCCAGCCCCUUCCCUCAGAUCCCUUCAGAAGGCCUAUAUUCAUUCCCUCAUCACCACCCUUGCUCUGCUGUUUUCCCUUGUCAGCUGGUUUAAAAUGAUUUAGAAUUACCUUUCUCUUUUUUUAGUACAUUGUACAUGCCAAAGUGUCAAGGCAGCCCCUUAAUAAUACCCUCCACAUUCUGAGCUGCCUCCCAACCAUUGUUCAGGGUAUUGUUCCUCCCUCUUUCCCUUACCAUUCUCCCUACCCCCUUAACUUUGUAUUAGGCUGGCCUCGGCCUGCACCAGCUCAGCUAUCUUCUCAGUCUGUUUCAUAUUAUUUAUUAUUUUAAUUUUCUAUUAAAUUAUUGGAAUAAAGUUGAAUUGAGGAUCUG